UUUCUAGUGCCUUUUGACUAUCUCGUUUUCGUUUAUUUACAUUACAAUUAGUUCCAUUAUCAGAAGCAUGCGGCAUGACCACAUGACUGAUUGUGAGAGUCAUUGCAUGAUAGGUUCCUUUUUCACGGUUGUGAGUUCCCUGUUCCAGUUAUAAAAAAAAUUCAGAUCCUGAUCGUCUACGUCUAAGCUCUGUGUAUCCAUCAGAUUAAGUUUGCUGUUGCCCCUGAAACUGCUGGAAAAUUGGCUGAGAUUUUCAAUAUCAGCUCUUAUCAAUAGGAUGUUCUUCAAAGCGAUUCUUGGUGUCCUUUUGGCAAUUGGUGGUUAUUUUCUCUUCAUUGGAGUAAAAAGUGUAUUAUAUCCGGCUGAUGUAGUUGCUGCUACGCUCUCAGAAAAUGCAUGGUGGGGUGCUCGCAGACCAGAAUCUAUUAUAGAUGAUAAAAUUCAUCCUUUUACUAUCACCACCUUGGCCUCUGAUUUGGAAUACCUGAAGAGUCGGCUGGAAAACACAAAAUUUCCCCACGCACCUCUCAAAGAAGUCAACUUUCAGUAUGGAUUCAAUCUUGAUUAUUUGAAGCUGAUAAGGUCGCAUUGGUUAAAUAAUUAUGAUUGGAAUGCACGUCUGAAGUUCUUGAACAGUCUUCCGCAUUUUAAAACUACAGUUUCAGGCUUGAACGUCCAUUUCAUCCACGCCAAACCCAGUCUGAGCUCGACGGCUUCAUUGAAAGUUAUUCCAAUUCUGGUGAUUCAUGGAUGGCCAGGAUCCGUAAGAGAGUUCUAUGACCUUAUUCCGAAGUUAGUGACACCAAGGAAAAGUGUUGACUUUGUAUUUGAAGUUGUUGCUCCGUCUCUUCCUGGUUAUGGUUUUUCUGAAGCAUCUGCAAUUCAAGGAAUGGCAACUGCCCAAAUGGGUGUAAUUUUUAAAAAACUAAUGCAAAAAUUGGGACAUGAGACAUUUUACAUUCAUGGUGGAGAUUGGGGAUCGUUGAUUGGCCGAGAUAUGUCUAUCGCCUACCCUCAAAAUGUUUUAGGUUUCCAUUCAACAAUGUGUGCUUCAUCAGAUGCUGUGACGCUAGCCGGUAUAAUGCUCGGUAGUUAUUAUCCAGAGUUAAUUGUGGAAAAAGAAGAUGAACCUAGACUGUACCCAGUCUCCAAGUUUCUUCAUUGGAUUUACAUGGAAACUGGCUACAUGCAUAUUCAAGCAACUAAACCAGACACAGUUGGGACAGCCUUGCUGGAUUCCCCCAUUGGUUUAGCUGCUUACAUUCUUGAGAAAUUCUCUUCAUGGACAAACGAAGCCUACAGAAACUUACCAGAUGGAGGCCUUACAAAGAAAUUUACUCUCGAUGCUCUGCUCGACAAUGUUAUGAUUUACUGGACAACAGAUUCAAUUCUGACAUCUAUGAGGCUUUACAGUGAAUACUUCUCAACCAAUUACAAAAAACUCAAGUUUGACGCUGCGCCGGUGAAAGUUCCUACCGUCUGUGCACAGUUUCCUCAUGAGUUGGUGUAUUCUCCUCCAUUCGGUUUGCAGAGCAAGUACAAAAAGCUCGUCAAAAUUUCAAAAUUCAAUGAUGGCGGGCAUUUUGCUGCUUUUGAACUACCAAAUGUUGUUGCAAACGACAUUUGGGCAUCUAUUCCUCUUUUUAUCGAGGCGCAUCAAAAUGCUACGAUCAGUUUGAACAAAUGAAAGAAUUCGCAACGAAAACCUCCCAUGAAAUCAUGCAUUUUUUAAAAUGCUUGGUGCCUAACUAUCCUCAAUGCAUUUUAUUUUGAUAGAGGUUGUAUGUAUUUAAUUAUUGUAUGUUUUUCAAACAAGGUAUAACUAUCUAAGGUCCAAUACUUCUGUAAGAAUAAGUAUACAAUGAUCGAGUGAUAUAAACUUAGAAUUAAGAAAUAUGUAGAACACAUGAGUCUGAGAGUAAUCCAAAGCCAGAAAUACCAAAAAUUAUAAUUUGAAUUACAAAAUGAACCCAAUCGAGUUUCAUGGCAAGACUGAGGGAAAGAGAAGAAACAAGAAGUAAGAUGGGAAAAUAGUGCUGGAUCGUGGGUGAAACUAGAAACAUUUUCUAGAGGGGGACUAGAAGGGUAUCUCAUCAAGGAGGGUCUGAAAGGAGGUAUACUGAAAGACAGCCCACGCUAGGAGAUCUUUGGGAAUCCCAGCUCCAAGGGAGGGUGCAUGGAGCUGCGCAUGUAAACUUGGAAAAAUUGAGUCGUCUCAGGAGCAGUUUUAAGCUGUCCUCGCUGAAAAACUGGUUGGACCACUAUCUUGAAUGAAAGAUAUGUCUCUCUUUUAUCCAGAAAUAUCCCUCACAUUUCUCAGGAGAGGCCAUGUAGGUUUUUUUUGGGUGGGACAAGCCUCCCCCUGUCCCCUGUAGUUCCGCUCAUGUGCUGGAUUCACACUAAUUUGAAGGGAAAUCAAAGUAAGAAGUGAAAUACCAAAAAUUAGUUUUAGAGUUAUAAAAUGAACACUAUCAAGUUCAGUGCAAGACUGAAAGGAGAAAAGAAACCAAAAAUAGGAGUGUAGAAUACUUCACACCAAUUUCAAUGGAAAUAAAAUUUAGAAGUACGAUAACUUAGUUUUAGAGUUAUUCAAUGAAUUCUAUUGAGCUCAGUAUAAGACUGAGAGCUAGAGUAUUCAGCUCAAGUAGAUUAAUUGGAAAUCUGACACUGACAUUCUACUGAGAGACUUGCAGCAGUUUCACUAUCAUUUCAGGACCUGAGCAAGAAAAAUUCAGCCAGAGCCUAUGCCUGCACUUACCGGCAGGCUGAUCAUUGAAAUUAAUAGACAAAGUGAUAGAAAAAAAGACCGUUAGAAAAUGGAGCAAUUAUAUUGGUGGGAGCGGGUGGUUGCAAUUGGACCAACAAGGUAAGUAGUAGACUUACGGCAACAUGAGGGAUCCUUUAGUUGGUCCAUCAUUUUACCUCUUGGUCCAUAACAACCACCCAUUUCAACAAACUGGAUCGCUCCAUUUUUCUGUAAACUUCCUUGUCUAUAGCUUUGUCUAUAAAUUUCAAUUAUCAGUCCACAAACAGCAAUAAUGUACCAUUAUGGAUUAUACAUUUUUUUUGGAUGAAAAUGAUUGAUUUGAUUUUGUGAAGAUGGUUAAGUUAAAAGACUCAUUUUCCAACUACUCUGAUUCCCCAAAUGCUGUUCAUUAUUUUUAAAGUGUGCAAAUUACCAAUGGAAGUUUUCAGUCUUAAUGUGCCUAUCAAGAGAGGAGCUUGUUACAGUAUAACAAUAGUAUCUACUUACUUUUCUGUUAUAUGUGUAAUUAGGAAAAAUUCAUUGCCAGAUAUUUUGCAUAAGCAGGGAAAUUAUUAAUCUUCAUAAAAUCGCAGAAAAGGAUUGAGGAUUAUUAAAGAAGGGAUUUUUCUCAAUGUGAAAAAAAUCAAUGUGAUAAAAUGUGAAAUGGAUUACAUUUUGCAAUAAGGAACCACUAUUUCUGGCCCACUUUAGGAACAACAUACGUGCCAUUGGUUUCCCUUUGCAGAUAUGUGCUUUUAUGAAAAAGCCGGAGAUAGUGGUUCCGUAUUGCAAAAUCUAAUCCAAAUAUGUCUUUGAUUGAAAUUGUUUUUCAAAGGAUUUUAGCUUUAUUUUGUAAGCGUUAAAAUGUAUCUCUAACAUCAUGUGUAGCAAUGAAUGCAGGGUCUUCAAAAUAUUUUGCCGUAAUUUGGAACACUCGAAAUUAAAGACAAUGAAAGUCUCUGUUAAUUUUGCCUCAGAUACGAGGUUUGUCAGGAAAGUAUCCGACCUUGUUGAUUAUCUCGCCAUCAACGGUUGUUAAGAGGUUGGAGCUUGGAAUUAUCUUUGCACAGACUCUCCUGAGUGCAGGUACUCAGCCGGAUUAUCACACGUUCAAUCAGUUAAGUUGCUGAUUAUAAGUUGCUAUUCUGCUUUGAUCAUCGGAUUUCGUUCUUCCUUAAAAAGAAAAAGUUAAGAAGCUUUGGAUGGGAAGAGUUUGUGAAGAAGAUCAUCGCAGGGAACGAGUCUUGGGUCUAUGGGUACGACCCGGAGACAAAAGUGUAAUCGUCAGUUUGGAUUGCACCCGGGACACCUCGCCCAAGGAAGCCCGGAAGAGUCGCAGCAUUGUGGAAACAAUAUUGACUGUCUCCUUUGAUUAUGAAGGUGUUGUCCAUUAUAAGUACGUUCCCCAAGGCUGUACUAUCAAUAAAGAGAGCUACUGAGAAAGUUGAUGUUGCUUAAGGGGCCUGGUCUGCUUUAUCGUUGCUCCUCUAACAUCUUGUCACAGCUCCAUUCCCGUGUGAACCGUGUGACGUAUGGAGUUAGGUGCACAGUAAAGCUCAUUAUUCUCAGCAAACAUAUUUAGAUUAUUUAGCUUCCAUCUUGCAGAAAUUUAGAUUAAUCGAGAACGCUGUAUCAGUCACUGAAGGAAUCUUCACCUCUGCUCCACUCAAAACUGUCAAAGUAGCAUUGUGUACUGUAUUACAAGACUUAGUACGGAAUGAAAAAUUCUUUUUGCCAUAAUUUUCGUUUUAAGUAAUUUGUGGGACCUUGAGAAUCUGAUCAAGAUUACUGGAUUCUACAGUCAUCUUACACUCUUAUAAGACAUUAUUUAUAAGUAAGACAGUUAAAAUAAUCAAAUCCAAAUUAAUUCUAUUAUUUAAAUCUCAAACUUAAUCUUCAUUAUUAUUUAUAAAUUUAAUAUUGCUUUAUAGAAAUAACAAAUAAUGUGGAUUUUUCGAAGGAUCUACAUGUAUAUGUUUGCUACAGUAAUUUUAACCAUGACUCACUACUUAAUUAAUAGAAACCAUGAUAAAUGGUACUGCUACCAAGGGCAGAAACUCUCCACCUCUUUGCUCUAAUUUUGAUGCGCAGCGUAUACCCUAAAAAUUAUUCCUUUGUUUUCCAAAAAUUUUGGUUAAACUUCUAAAAACGUAGUAAAUUUGUUUUAAUUGUUCUUAUCUCAGCAUUAUCUAGAGUUAAUGCUAUUUAGUUAGUGUUAUCAGCUCCUAUGAUUCUGAAUCCGUAGUUUAUCUAUAAGUUGCACUGAGUAAGACAACCUAAGUAGGUAAGCCAUCAUUUUUUGUUGAUGUUUGUUUUUUGGAUGUAUCUUUUUAUUUUUAGUUUUAGUUACAAAAUAAGAACUUACUCAUUUUUUUCUCUUUUUUUCAUAAGUACCGUGUAUUGUCGAUUGAACUUUGAUGUAAAUAUACAUUUCAAAAGUU